AUGGGACCCGCACACCGCCUCCGGAUCGGCGAAACGAAAGGCAACCACUACUCUACCACCCACGGCCGCGAGCGGGGCUCCGUGCGCGAUGUGCUCACCACGGGCCUCGCCGAGUUCACGCACGAUGCGCUCGCGACGAUGCACUGGUCGGGCCUGCGCUUCCGGGACUAUGUCUUCCUCAAAUACCGCGUGAAGCUCGUCGGGUGGCCGGAAGACAUCGAGUUCACGAACAUGAGCAACCUCCGGGACACGCCCACGGAGAAGGUGCGCACGCUGCUCGCGUACUGGGAGGCGGGCUGGAUGUUCUGGGCGGCGGCGACGGAUGGGGAGCUGCUCGCGGCGCAGGAGAGCGUGUACAACGCGCUGCCGGGGCCGCUGUUCCCGAACCCGGAGGCACCACGUGGGCAGCGCUGCGACGUCGGGCGGCACCGUGCGCGGCCGGUGACGAACCCGGGGUGGAUGUGGGGGCAGCGGUUCGAGCGGAAUGGGCCGAAGAGCGGGCGGGAGGUCGCGGAUGAGUGGCUCUGGGACGAGGUGGUCAGCGCAGGCUUGGGCGCGGCGGGCGCGGCGGGCGCGGACGCGACGGAGGAGAUCGAGGACACGGACGAGUGGGACCGCGAGGCGUGGCGGACGCGCAGGCUCCCGAGCGGUGAGAUCGCGGACGACCUCAUCGGGUCGUUCUGA